UAGCGCUCAGAUACCGUUUCCCCAUCCCCCCAAUUGUGUUUUUUUUGUAGAGCACACAGCCUUUUCAAAUGUAGGGCUUGUCCGCCUGGCGUGUUCCUCCCAGCAGUCGAACAGUUCAUUUCGUUUCUCUAGCCCGGUUCAUGUUUUGAAACCAGGAGUUGUGCAAUAAAGGUUGUUAUGAUUUAGUGCAGUGUAUCAUCUUGUGGUGAACAUUUUUAAUACGCAGACUCACCUGAUUUACUCACCUGAUUCACUCACCUGAUUCACUCACCUGAUUCACUCACCUGAUUCACUCACCUGAUUCACUCACCUGAUUCACUCAUCUGGUGCACUAUGAUGUCUAAUUGACUGACGAAAUAAAUGGAUUACUGGCUGGAUUAAAUAUAUUUUACGAGCUAUUUAUUUAAAACUGUUUUUUUUUUUUUGUUAUUCAUCUUGUUGGAGUCAAGAUGUUACCAGAAACUUCUGAACUAGUGGAUACAUGAAUUGCACUUUUCAAAUAUUGUAUUUACUUCAAUGAACGAUUUUCACACGUAUAUGUAGCUUCGGGUUAAUUUUGCCUUUUUUUUUUUGUUCUUCAAGAGUUUUAGUUCUUAAAAAUAAAAAAAAAGGGAGUUAACCGACUAAAAGGGAAAUAACCUACAACAUCACACUGGAGAUCGGAAUUCCUAAAGAGUUUCUGGACGACUCCGGAAUAUUUAAGACCUGUGAAGAAGACCAGGAAAUGGUCUUGGAAAUUCACGAGGCGUCCCCGCCUCCUAGCACGGUUAGCCGGAGAAGUCCAAGAGGUAACCGACCUGUGGUCAGGCGGUCCAGGGUGAACAGUACGGAAUCAGAAAACAGCAACGGUUCCAGAUCCAACACCCCUGGUCCUAACUCUGCUCUACCCUCUGGGUCAAACAACGCUUCCAGAAAUCCAUCGUUUCGGGGUGAGCGCCCUCCAUCUGUGGCUACGUCCCGACGCUCCGCUGCCAACCCCGAUCGCAGCACUUCCAGUGGCAGAGGCAGUGCCGCCAACAGCAAUAACAACGUAAAUAAACUAGCGUCUUCCAACGGAGAUCACCCGAUCCUCGCCUCCGAAAAUUGCGGUCCCAGGCGACGAUCUAUGCCGAACGUCACCGAACAUUUUUUAGCCGUUCCGAACGCGGAAGAAUCUCGAGAAAGCCGCUUGCGGAGAGUGCGGUCCUUCAAGACCACGUCCAAAGGAGUAGUGGUCAAUCGCGGGGACUCUUUUAAGAUAAAGAGCACCAACAGCCUGAUGUCCACGGGCAGCGCCAUCACCGACGCCACAAGAUCGCAGCAGCUGCAACUCCCGCAAAAUUUAAUGAACAACAACGAUGACAUACUGACGCCAGAGGCGCCCCCCAUUCCGACCUACUAUAGGGUCAUCAUGAUGGGGGCCGCUGGCUGUGGGAAAACGCUGAUGUCAAAACAGUUCCUAACCUCGGACUAUGUAGGUGGCUGUGAUGACAAUAUAGAAAGCCACGAGCCUCAUACAGUGUCGGUUCUACUGGACGGGGAGGAGUCGACAAUUGAGUUCAUUGACCCACCGGACAGAAAUGUGAUAGACGAUAGUCUGCAACAUCUGCUGGACGCUUAUGUGGUCGUCUUUGCCAUUAAUGACCACGAGUCGUUUGACCAGGCACAGCAGCUGGUUCGAUUCCUUCGAGUCGAUCACGGGACGGACAGGGUCAUCUUGCUUGUGGCCAACAAAAUUGACCUUGUCAGGAAGAGAAAAGUGACAGCAGAUGAAGCUCGAUUGGUCUCAGAGACUUAUGACUGUAAGUACGUGGAGAUCUCUGCUGCCCUCAACCAUCACAUGGAUGAGCUUCUGGUUGGCAUCCUGACCCAGAUUCGACUGCACAUGCGCAUACCUUUCACCACAAUCUCAUUUCCAGGGAAGGAAUCCAGGAGCAACGAUAGGAAGGAGAAAAAGAAAGCGUUCCGAGGACCCCGGGGAUUUUUCUCCAGACUCUUCCGGAGGGCGGGCCGAAAGAAACCGAAGCCAUGCGAAAAUCUCUACGCGCUGUGAAGCGCAGUGAUACGUUCAUAUUGUAAAUAGUUCCAAUUGUCUCGUCUGCGACACAAAGACAGUCUGCUUUCUAGAUGUCAAUGAUUGAUUGAACAUCGACGAUAAGUAGAUGACAUUAUCGAUGUCAUCACGUUGUGAAUUAAUGCAUUUUAGUCUCAGUGUUGACAACUGUAGAAUGUAUUCAUGCAAUAAGCAGUGCCCACGGUAGACUCUCUGACAAUAUGUAUAUAAUAUUAUAGAGAUCCGAUGAUUAGAAUAUAUAAUCCUUUAUCUUUAGUUAAGAUUCAUUUUUUGGAUUUCAUUGAAAAAAAUAGAUGUAACCAAGGUUGAUUAGUAAAUGAAUUAAAGACAAAUUAACCCAUGCCUUGUGGGUAUUGUUUUUUUCCAAAGUGAAGAAAUGAUAUCAAAGUAAUGUUAAAGUUCUUAUGAAACAAGAUUAUUUCAUUUUUUUUUUAACAAGACGAAAAGCUUAAUAGGAUAACAUGAAUCUAAACGUUUAGAUUCAAAUUGUCGA